CAAAGAUCCUAUUUACUUGUGGAGUCAGAGUGAGAUAGAGAAGAAGACACCAGUGAGUAGUGAGUGAGUUCAAUGAUGAUGAACACGACUCAGACUCAGACCCAGACCAAGUCUCAGUACGAGAUUUCAAGAGAUGAAAGAAUCAAAGCAAACCUUGAACGAAUGCAGAAGCUCGGCCUUGCUGACAUCUCACUCGAGCUCAAGUCUCACUUUCAAGCCAAGAACAGCUUCUCCAAAACGACGCCGUCUCCUAGAGUCUCUCCUAUUCGGAAACCCGGACCCAUUCGCCGAUCUUCUAGAUUGCAGAAUUCGACUCCGGUGAGCUACACGGAAACAGGUCCAAAGAAGAAGGGUGAGUGUAAGGAAAUGGGUAGUAUUAUGCUGGAGGAGGGUGCAAGACCGGAGAUUUACACAGAAGAACAUGAAAAGCUGUUGGGUCACACUGAAAAGAGCUGGACUCUAUUUGUGGACGGGUGUGGGAAUGAUGGAAAGCGAAUUUAUGACUCAGUUAGAGGAAAGACUUGUCAUCAGUGCAGACAGAAGACUCUGGGACAUCGUACUCAAUGCAGCCAAUGCAACAAGAUCCAUGGACAGUUCUGUGGAGACUGUUUGUACAUGAGAUAUGGGGAGCAUGUACUUGAGGCCAUUGAGGAUCCAAAGUGGAUUUGCCCCGUGUGUCGUGGAAUUUGCAACUGUAGUUUCUGUCGGACAGCAAAAGGGUGGCCUCCCACUGGCCUUCUCUACAGAAAGAUACUACAACUAGGCUUCAAAUCAGUUGCACACUAUCUCAUUCAAACCCGACGUGCAGACCCAAGUUUAGUGCAAACUCCAGAGACUCCUGAGCAAGUUUCUGCAAGAAAGUCACUGCCUGUACAAGAUAUGGAUGAAGAAAAUGUCAAGGCUGAUCAUAAUGACCUUGGACCAUUAACACCUCUAGGUGAACAGAAAGGAGACAAUGAGAUGAAGAGAAAAAAGAGGACAUUGUCCUUCCCUGAGAUUGACCACAUGGUUGGUGACAGCCUUGGAUUGCCAAAGCUUCAGUCUGGGAGCAGCACUGAUGAUCAUAAAGAAAAUGAAGAGAUUAAAGUGGAUAGUGUGGAUCUCAAUCCUGGUGAUGGUACCAAUGGAUUAGAAACUACCUCAAAGUCCAAAAAGAAGCGAGCUCGGGUUAAUGAACCAACUGCUGAUAGUAUUGGUGGAAGAUUAAGGCAGAGACGUCAGAAAGAAGCUGAGCCAGAUGGUGAUUCUUCGGAGACAAAAGAGAAAAUCCCAGAUGCUAACAAUAUCUUGUCAGAGAAGGAAAUCAAAGAAGAAACCAGUGUGCUGUUUGCUGAUAAUAAAGAUGGUGAUGAUAGCAAUACCUUAUCGAAAGGAAGUUCAAAGCUCAAGAAAAAGCUUAUUCAUGUGGCUGAACCAAGUGCAGACAGUGUUGCUGGAAGACUGAGGCUGAGGCGCAAGGCAGUUAGGCUUCUGCAAGCAUCUUAACUCAGGGGUCUGAGUGUUUUGAAAAGCACCAUGAAGGUGAGAUGAGCAAGGAUGUAGUUCACAGUAGUUUUAGCUGAUGUUGCAGGAAACCAUGUUUUUGUGCAUGUAACUUGUGUUUUCCAAACAUUCUGAAUUUUGUCCAAGUUCCAUGAUGUCCUUAGUGAAAUUGUAGGACAUGAUAUCUGACACUAGUGGUGAUAAUGAGCAUUUACCAUAUGGUGGUAAAUUUCGCUCCUUAUUCGUUGAAUUUCUUGGAUGCAUCAAAUGAGUUCACAGUAGUUUUAGCUGAUGUUGCAGGAAACCAUGUUUUUGUGCAUGUAACUUGUGUGUUUUCCAAACAUU